AUGGCACCACCAAAACACUUAAUCAUCGUCUGUUGCCACGGCAUCUGGACCGGCGGCCCAUCAAAUGGCGCCAAUGAAGACGAAUGGCUAAUCGCCGAUUUUCAGCGCGGCGAAACGGACACGUUUAUUGAGCACAUUAAAGCAGGCGUCCGAUGCCUUGCCCAGGACUACGACAAUGCCGUGCUCGCAGUUUCGGGCGGCCCAACACGAAAAGAAACAACUUUGAGUGAGGCCCAAAGCUAUGCCAAUAUCGCCUCCGCCCACGGCUACUUCAACCUCAUCAACUCCUCGCAAGACUUGGUUAAUUCGUCCAAAAUGAUAAUAGAAGAUCGCGCAUUGGACUCUUACCACAAUGUACUCUUUAGCCUUACUCUAUUCUACGCUCGCUUCCAUGCUUGGCCUGCUUCUUUAACAAUUGUAUCCCACGCUUUCAAGAAGGUCCGACUCAUCGACGGUCAUUGCGCUGCUAUUGGAUUUCCUCUUAAAAAGACUGCAUUUGUUGGUAUUGAUCCGCCUGGAAUGGCGAGCGGCGAGAAUGAAACUGCGAUGAAGGGCGUGGGACAGGCGGUGGAUGACUGGAUAGCCGAUCCACAUGGUAGAGGAGAGAAGUUGGCGUGGAAGAGGGCGAGGAGGAAUCCGUGGGGAGUAUGGCAGGGUGUUUUUGAGGAGAAGAUUGGAAGGGAUGACUCUGCUAUAGGGAAAUUGGUGACUGAGGGUGCUGGCGAGAAGGAGACGUUGGUUGAAGAUGCACCACGGCCGUGGUAG